UAAUAAAUAAACACAAUAUUUUUAUAACUGUAUGUAAACCAUUAAUAACAAAAAAAUUUCAUUUAACUAAUCUCUCACUUAUUCAUAUCGUAUAAAAAUUACAAUAGGUAAUAAAUUGUGCAAACUUGUGUUCAUAUAGAACAUAUUAGUGUGUGAUUGGUAAAUUAAAAUUUACUUAUAAAAAUAGAUUACAGAUAUUAUAUCUACCCACUAUCUUAACAUUGUUCGUAUUGCUAAUCUAUUCGAUGCGUACUAUCUAUACUUUGGUUUCACUGUUGAUAGUAUUACAAAGCAGCUUUUCGUCGACGAACAUGGACGCCCAAAACUUAUCAAGGGAAAUAAUUAAAUUUUCAGCCAAGUUCUGUAAUGAGCUUCCUAAUAAUGUGAGUGCUAUUUCAUCACCUCUGUCUGCAGAGUAUUUAUUAGCACUCUUAGCCCUGGGCACAUCUGACAUCGCACACACUGAGCUACUUACUUCACUUGGAAUACCGGAUGAUAAUUCAAUUCGUACAGCUUUCUCUUCGGUGUCAUCCAAACUGAAAUCAAUUAAAGGUGUAACUCUGAGUGUUGCCAAUAAUGUGUACAUUAUGGAGGGGCAGUAUGACCUAAGUCCCGAUCUCAAGACUGAUGCUAUAGAUGUGUUUGAUGCUGGCAUUGAAAAAUUGAAUUUCAAUGAGAAUGUUGCUUCUGCAAAUCACAUAAACCAAUGGGUGGAGAGUAAAACAAAUAGCAAAAUUAAAAAUCUGAUUUCUGCAGAUAGCCUCAACAGCGACACCAGACUUGUGCUUGUUAAUGCUUUAUAUUUCAAGGGAACAUGGGCAAAACAAUUUGAUAAACAGCUUACUUCAAAUCAGCCAUUUGACGUGAAUAAUAACACAAAAAUAAAUGUGCCUAUGAUGUUUAAAGAAGAUACAUUCGUGUAUGGAGAGAGUGCGGGGCUGCAGGCUCAGCUAUUACGAAUGGAUUAUAUUGGCAAAGAGGCAAGCCUGUUGGUUAUACUGCCCAAUGAAAUUGAGGGCUUGGGUGGUGUACUACAGAAGUUAUCAAAUGGUUAUGAUCUACUGAAUGAUCUGAGUAAAAUGUAUUCUACCAAAGUGCGCGUCACACUGCCCAAGUUCAAAAUUGAAACGGAAAUAGAUUUAACUACUCUAUUACCGAAGCUUGGAAUUAAACAAAUAUUCAAACAAGAAAACUCAGGUUUAACUAAGGUGUUAAACACUCCUGAACAACUUUAUGUAUCUAAAGCCCUACAAAAGGCAUUCAUUGAAGUGAACGAAGAAGGAGCCGAAGCCGCAGCUGCUACCGUGAUGGCUGUGAUGAUGUGCUCCGCCAUAAUAGAUCCGCCGCCAGUGCCUAACUUCUGCGCAGAUCGACCAUUCUUGGCUGUUAUUUUGGUCGACGACGUACCAUUCUUUUAUACCAAGUUCCAAGGCUUGGAGUAAUAAUUAUGCUUGAUAACAAAAAAUACUGCUUGAUUUAUUUAUUACAGGUUUAAUAUAUUAUUAUAUUAAGCAUAUGGGUUUGUUAAUGUAACUUGUAGAUACGUAAGAAUUAAUUAUUGUUAUCAAUAUUGUUUUAAUACUAUAAUUUGUGAAAGUCUAUAAUAAAAAUAUUUCUCAUGACAGCAGAGUAUAUAAUGUAUCACUAAGAUUGUAUCAUACCUACUCACUCAGAAUCAUACAAAAGGGGUGUAUGCUUAACGUCUGAUUCGCUGAUAGUUAUGCUGAAGUGACAAACUAUUGUAAAAUUUCUUUAUUGGCAGAUAACAAUACUGCAAUGUGUUUAUGUUUGAUAGAACGUAUGUUUCUAGUUUGAAAUUGUAAAAUUGAAUAACUUUUCUAUCAAUAAGACAGCCGUUGCUGAAUUCAAUGUUAAAUGUUUCUAAGUAAUUUGCGCGGUAAGCAACAUAAGUCAUUCGACAAAAAGCAUGCUAAGUAGAAGAAAUAUAAGCGUCUACUGGAAAAUGUUUUGGAAUAUUAAUAAUUACUUAUUAAGAUUUUGACGAUUGUCAAUUUAUGCACCUCAAAAAUUGUGUGGGAAAUACCAUUGUAAUGAAACCAAAAUACUAAUGAAUUUAUGUCCUAUUCAUUUUUAUUUACAUGCCUUGGUUAAAAUAUCCAUAUAAAACAGAUAAAUAGUUUAUUGUAAUCGUUUUAUUAGGUUAAAAAUUUUAGUAAUUACAUACAAAGUUUUUUACGAGAAGGUUAAGAAGCUUCCCGUAAAUGUUUGAAGCCAAUAUCUAUCAGCUUUAGUUUUUGAUAUGUGUAAUGGUUAAUUUUGUAAAAAAUGUACUAGUAAUAAUAGUUUCAACAACAACAAAUGAUCUGUACAAUGAUUAAGAUACAU